AAUGUCGAAUGUUUUUGGUUAUAGAAUAUUUAGUAGUUUACCAUUUUCCAAGAGGCUCUGCAGUCACAAUCAAUCCAAUCAUGUUAAAAACUUUCUUACAAGACGAUUUUACCACAAAACUACGAACUACAGUAGACUAAACAGCCCUCAGCUUCGUUGGCUUGGCGUGGCCGGUGCAUUUGUCACUGGAACUUGCUACGGGCUUGUAAAAACAAAAUAUUCCGGUAUAUCGCAAAAUCCUCUUGUAUUAUCCGCUGCGACCAGCGACGAAGAUGUGCCGGAAGUUAAGACAGAUUUAACGUUAAAACAAAUGAAGUUUGAAGAAUAUGCUUCUUAUGAAUAUCGGGGAAAGCGUUUGAUGUCUCCACAAGACUUCCUUAAUUCUUUGGUUGACAACAAAGAAGGAGCUUUGAAAAAAGGUACUAAAAAGCUCACCACACAGGAUAUGGACAAAAUUCUCCAAUCAACUCAACAACUAUCAGAACACAAGGAAGAUCUAUUUACACACAUGGGUGAAAAUGGAAUCAUCACCUACCCAGAAUAUUUGUUUCUUUUAACAUUGCUAACAAAAUCAAGUCAUGGUCUUAAUGUUGCGUUCCGUAUGCUUGAUCUGGAUGGUAAUGCCACACUCGGCAAGACAGAAUUUCAAGCGCUGGAGAGAAUGUUAAACCAAAAAACGUCAGCGAAAUCUUUGAAGGAAAAAGAAUUGGCGGAGGAGACCUCGUCAAACUCCAGUUUACUCAUAUAUUUCUUUGGCAAAUCAGGAAAAGGACAACUGACUUUUGCUGACAUGCUGCAGUUCACCAGAAACUUGCAAAAAGAAUUUUGGAAGCAAGAAUUUCGGAUUUACUCCGCCGAGAGAGAUGUCAUGAAUAGCGAACAAUUUGCCAAGCUUCUGUUACAAUCAACACAACUCGAUGAAAAGGACGUCGAAGAAUAUCUGGAGAGAUUGGCUGGUCGUGUGCAAACUAAUAUAAAUGUCGAUCUGAAAGAUUAUAUUAAAUUUGGCGAAUUUCUUAACAAUCUCGAAGAAUUUUCUAUUGCCCUCAAGAUCUACAAUGUGGCAAAUCAACCUGUCACACAAGAGGAGUUCAAAAGAGCGGUCCUGAUUGCUACUGGAGGAGUUCUGGGUGAUCAUAUCGUGAACACCAUAUUCAAAUUGUUUGAUAUUGACGGUGACGGAAAAUUGAGUCAAAAAGAAUUCCUCGGUUUGAUGAAGGACAGGGUUAACAAACGUUUCACGGCCAGAGUCGAUGAAGGCGGAUUUGUGGCUGGAUUUAUGAAUUGCGUGAAAAAUGAAUUAGUGCAAGAUUAAAAUGUGGCAAGUACAGCGAUAUAUGAAUAUAACUUUAAGCAAACUGAAGUGGAGUUCAAACACUUCGUAAAUUUUCCUUUUUCGACGUGCAUGUAUAGAUUGUGGUAGCGUUAAUUAUCAUUUAGCUACGAUUAGCCCAAGAACGCGCAAAGACAACAAUCGAUUAUGCAUGUUUCCGAAAGAAUUAAAGUAAUUAACAUAUUAUUUAUUAAUAAUGGUAACUUAUAUAGAUAAGCACAGCAAAAUCCAAUAUACUCAUGACCAUUGUUGUUUAAAGAGUGCGUUUUUUCAUUUUUAAUAAAAAAAUGAACCUUUCAAUAUGGCGAACGAAAAAAGAAAAACGCAAGAAAAGUCAGCUUGAGCGGCAAACGACGAGACCGAAUUUUCCAACAAUACAUCGUCCGAAAUGUGGCUUUCCUUGGCAAGGAUAUUGAUCUUAUCCUACCGAGGAACGUGCGGAAUUUUCGAACUCGUAUUACAAAUGCAUGCAGCCAUUCCCGUGUCGUCUAACCACGCAUGAGACUGAAAUGUAUAGUUACGUCCGCCGCCGGGGGUUCAUGUAGUAUCAGACGUCGGCCCGACUUUCAAUAUAUGUUGACGAUCCUUUCUCGACAAACACAUACAAUCUCUCUGCGUGCAUGUUUACUUCUUUAUCCGCGUUCUUUCUUUGAUAUAAGGCAUUUUCCUUUUCAAAAUGCUGUCUUUGCAUGUGUACGGUUUAAACACCUUAUUGCUUUUAAAUGAAGUGGUUUUAAAUGAAAAUUUUACUCACUGUGCAGAUGA